AUGGAUGAUGUAUUUCCAUGUCGCCGAAUUCGAAGCCAGACUGGAUCAUUGAUGGUAGCCUAUAUGACCAAGGCUGAGGUAUUUUUCAAGGACAUCCUUGUAGCGCCUCUUUGGGACUCUUCUUUUGAGGAAUCCGAUGGCCAAUUAGCUAUAGGGCACAAUCUUAAGAAGGAAGUGAUCUUCCAUCUUGGCGACGUGUCCAUUGCGCAGGCUCGAAAGAGGCAACCACUUUUUGACGUAGCAACAGGUAAGGGACAAAACAGUAGGCGAUAA